AAACCUCGUUUCUGAUAGGAAAUGUGGGGUCCACUGAAUCAAUGGGUUUGAUGAAAGUGGAGGGUUUCUCUGAUUAGGGUUUUGAUUUCUUCUUCUUCAUUCUCUUUUGCUGUUAAUGACUUGUUUUAGAUUAAGAGCUUCUGUAUCAGUUUAUGUAGCUGAAAGCUUUUCAUGUUUUUUUGAGGACAUCUGAGUUCUGAUAUUGGCAGCAAUGGAUACUGUACAAGAAAGUUUGUUAUUGUCCUUCUCGCCUAACCAACCGCAGUUACCAAUUGAUGAGGAGCUUUGGUUGAUGGCUGAAGAGAGGGCCCAGGAAAUACUGUGUACAAUUCAGCCUAAUGUUGUUUCUGAGGUGAACAGAAAGCAGAUCAUUGAUUUCGUUCAGAGGCUGAUUGGAGGUUACUAUGGGGGAGAGGUUUUCGUGUUUGGAUCAGUCCCACUGAAAACCUACCUUCCAGAUGGAGAUAUUGACUUGACAGUUCUCAGUCAAGAAAGUGUAGAGGAGGAUUUAGCGCAAGCAGUAUGUAAUCUACUUGGAAGUGGAGAAGACCUCGAGUAUGAAGUGAAAGACAUACAGCAUAUACGUGCUCAGGUAAAGGUUGUAAAAUGCACAGUGAAAGGUAUAGCGGUUGACAUCUCUUUCAACCAGAUGGCUGGACUCUAUGCUCUGCGCUUUUUGGAAGAGGUUGACCAACUUGUCGGGAAAAACCAUGUCUUCAAACGCAGUAUAAUCUUAGUCAAAGCUUGGUGCUAUUAUGAGAGCCGACUUCUUGGUGCACACCAUGGCCUGCUCUCAACAUAUGCUCUUGAAAUAUUAGUUUUAUAUAUUAUCAAUCGUUUUCAUUCAUCAUUGUGCGGUCCUCUAGAGGUGCUAUACAGAUUUUUGGACUACUACAGCACAUUUGAUUGGGAGAAAAACUAUAUCACCAUAGAUGGUCCACAACCAUUAUCCUCCCUUCCAGAAAUUGUUGAGAAACCAGAAUCUGAUCGAGGUGGAUUGCUUCUCAGUAAAGAGCUUCUGAAAAAUUACAGGGAGAUGUGCUCUGUUCCAAAGGCAUGCGAGACUACACCCCGUGAAUUUCCCAUCAAGUGCAUGAACAUUUUGGAUCCUCUAAAAAGCGACAACAACCUAGGCCGCAGUGUCAACAAAAGCACUUUACAUCGAAUUGGUUACGCUUUUGCCUUCGGUGCUGAAAAGCUUAAGGAGAUUCUUGAUCUUCCAGGAGAAAGCAUGGGUGGAGCACUUGAGGUGUUUUUCAUGAACACCUUGAAUAGAAAUGGGAAAGGACAAAGGCCAGAUAUCGAUGUUCCUGUUCCUGCAUUUGGUACUGGAAAAUCUGAAGAGCCUGUCCUUGUUGGAGAUUGUGACAGUUUCUAUGGUGGCUUAAAACAUGUUCAGAUGUAUCGUAACUAUGCUGUGCCGCUUGCACCUUCAAUUUCCCCACCGAUACCAUUUGAUGCUGACAUGCUUAAGCUACAACAAAACUGGCUUAGGUAUUAUCAUAGAGGUACUGAUGUAUACGUCCCUAGACAGACAUUCUUUCAUCCAAAUGCUCCUCCGCAUCCAAGUUAUAGCCUUGAUGAAACAGGGAAAUCGCGAGGAACAGGCACAUACAUACCCGACAUGACUCUUACUACCUACUGGAAUACCCGUGCAAGAGGGUCCAGACCAAGGAAAUUCGGUACUGGAAAUAAUAACAAUAAUAGUAAUGCUAAUGCAUUGCCCAAACCAUUGGAGAGAAAGGAAAUAGAAGAAGUUCCUUCUGAGACUGACAUGAAUGAUAAUAGCUCCAAGUCCUUUGAGCUCUCAAAUGAAGAUUUUCCUCUUCUUUCAAGCAUUGGCAACAGCACUUCGUCAGCAUCCCAACAAUCGGAGAGAAAGGAAAUAGAAGAGGUUCCUUCUGAGACUGACAUGAAUGAUAAUAGCUCCAAGUCCUUUGAGCUCUCAAAUGAAGAUUUUCCUCUUCUUUCAAGCAUUGGCAACCGCACUUCGUCGGCAUCCCAUCAAUCCAAGCUGGACCAUAGUUCCUCAUCGCCUCAAACGUUUAUCGAUUUUGGAACUUACAGUGCCUCGCAACCAGCGACAGAACUGAGUUUGGGAAAAAAGAGUCAGAAAGAGGAUUCCAGCGCUACUACACCAGUUGUUCCAAGUCUGGCAGUGGAGACAAAAGAGAAAUAUGCUCGGAUCGAAGAGAAGGCAGAUGACAGUAUCUAACCUAUAGUCAUUUUGUAGGAUAUCGAGGAUAAUUUCUAGUGUGAUGGUUUUUACUGCAGGUAAUAGUAAUAGUCAAUCUAUCCUAUCUUUUUCAGAUGUAAAUUGUGGGAGAAACUAGAAUUGGUUGCUAGUGAUAGAUAUAGACUUCAUAGAAAUAAGUCUCUGGUAAGGAGUUUACAAAUUUGGUUAUGCCUUUUGGCUUUAUACCCCUUGCUCCUCUUUCCAUCGGAAGAGCUUACCAGUUCUGUUGGAACAGUAGCAUAUCUUUUCUCCUUCUGAAGUCCAGUGAUGUUGUACAUGAUUUGUGUUUUACUGCACAAUAACAUAAAAUGUAUGUGCUACAAUUAUGUGGAACAUUUCACCUUCAGACUUUUAUGAAUAUUUCUCUUUGAAAACCAA